AUGCCUUUGGCGGUUUGCAAGAGGUUAAACUUAAGAGAACUUCAACCGACUAAAAUUUCCUUAAAAUUAGCUGAUAGAUAUAUCAAAUACCCUAUGGGUAUAUUAGAAGACAUACCAGUUAAAAUAGGUCAAUUGUACAUCCCAACCAAUUUCAUAGUAAUGGAUAUUAAAGAAGAUGACGAAAUCCCAAUUCUCCUAGGAAAACCAUUCUUAUCCACAGUCGGAGCCAUAAUAGAUGUUAAAAAGGGAAAACUAACCUUUGAAGUAGGAGAUGAAAAGAUAGAAUUCAUUCUUUCGAAAUUUCUAAUGGCACCAGUGAUAGGAGAUUCAAGAUAUGUAAUCGAUAUCAUUGACGAAUGUAUAAAUGAACUUGAAAGAGAUGAAUCUUUAAAUAAACUGCCUUCGACCCCCAUUUUAGAGGAUGACAGAUUCAAGAGAAUGGAACCCUACAUUGACGACAACCUCUAUGAAUGUUGA